AUGGACAGCCUUUCCUGUAAUUCUGCAGAGGGCUCGCCUCGGAAGGACGGGGCGGCCAAGCAGCCGUCACCUGGAGUCAAAGGGAAAGCUAAGGCAAGCAGGACCAGCACCAACAUCCCAAAGAUCGUGGUCACUUCAGCCUCAAAUGAGAUUCUCAGCAGAAGCCCAGAGCAGAGGACCAUUCGCGAGGAGGUAGUAUUCGGCCCCUAUGCCCGACACAGGAAUCCCAGCACAAUAGACGCCUAUGCUUUAAUCUCUGCCGAAUAA